UCACUCUUGCACGAUGGAAGCUCUCAACUAUGUCCUGUUUCUUCUCGCUAUCUGUAUCACCUAUCCUAGUGGAGCCGAUUCACAGAUUCCAAGAUAUUGUUAUCUGCAUCUGUCACGUGGAAACUGCAGCGACAGAGUUCCGUCUUGGUAUUACGAACCAUUCAAAGGGAACUGCAAAAUGUUUAUGUAUUCAGGCUGUGGUGGAAACAGCAACCGUUUCCCAUCAGAGUUAGCGUGCGUGUAUUACUGCCAACCAUUUAGGAAAAAUAACACAUUUGUUUGUAGCCGAGGCGUGUGGGGCGAAGAGUGCUUUGGCGAAGAUUAUCGAUGGUACUUCAACUCCAAAAAGAACACCUGCCAUGAAUUUAAUAAAGGAUACUGUGGGAUGGCCCCAAACAGGUUUAGAAGCUGUGCCGAAUGCAUUAAGAGAUGCAGUGAUGCUGAUCCUAAUGUUGCCUGUGCAGCGUCUAAUCACACAAGAAAUGCACAGUAAGCAGGCGCUUCUUACGGAUGUUCCACGACAGUGCCAGUGUUUUCAUGGAAGAGCAUCGGUGCUUCCGGCUAAAAGUAAUAAAACUCA